CAGUUCUGAGUUCUUCAAAAACAACUAGAUAAGCCCCUUUCAACCCCAAAAACUCUCACUUUUCCCUCUCCUCCUCUCAAUCUUCUUCUCUUAUUUCCGCCAUGGAAAUAGCUCUCCUUUCCUUCCCUUCCUCCAAACCCCCGCUUUCCCAAACCCUAACUCUAAAACCCACCGCCCCAUUCCUCCGACCUUCCAAACCCAACCUCCCUUCUUUCAGACCAUCCCCAUUCCCUUCCAUCAGAGCCGCCAUUUCCCGAACCAAGAAGGAAGAAACCGUCGAAACUGUCAAAACCCAGUUGGAGAACUGUUACCUCUUGGCAGCCGUCGAAUACAAGGGCUUCACCGUCCAGCAAUUCCAGGACUUGCGCCGAUCGCUUCCCGAAACGUCGAAACUGCUCGUUGCUAAGAACACUCUCGUCCUGAAAGCCAUCGAAGGGACUAAAUGGGAGGCCUUGAAACCUUGCAUGAAAGGGAUGAACGCUUGGCUUUUCGUUCACACCGAAGAAAUCCCGGAUGCCAUUAAGCCUUACAGGACUUUCCAGAGGGAAAAGAAACUUGAGAAUGACUUCACGGGGGCAGUUUUCGAAGGCAAAUUCUACGGGCCUGGAGAUUUUAAGCAGUUGGAAAACAUGCCUACGAGAGCUGAGGUUUAUGCUAAGCUUUUGGGAAGUUUACAGAGUCCAGCUAUUGGACUUGUUUCCACACUUCAAGCUCCCGCAAGAGAUGUUGUUAUGGUUUUGAAGGCUUAUGUGAAGAAGCUUGAAGAGGAAAGUGGUGGAAAUUAAUGGCUUCUUUUUUGAAGAUUGCUCGCUGUAAGUGUAAUUUAAGAACCCUCCCCCCCCCCCCAACUUUUUUUUUGUUGUAUUUAAACACAGCAUUAUGUGCAUUGUGCUCAUAUGUUGUUUUAAUCUUGUAGAAUCAUGUAAUACUGGAAUUUGAAUUGCUGAUAUUAGAAUCACAUUGCAAGUUGAUUUUUUAA